CAAAGUGCGUAGGCAGUUGGCUGUUUCGCGCAUGCGCACUGAGGUCUAGCGCUGAUGCAAGAAAUAUUACGGCGCAGAGGUGUGGAAGAGCUCGAGGAAUAAAAAAAAAGUAGCCAGAACUCAGUUUUUACCCGCUUGCAAACAUGUCUGGAGACGAGAUGAUUUUUGACCCCAACAUGUCCAAGAAGAAGAAAAAGAAGAAGAAGCCCUUCAUGUUGGACGAGGAAGGAGGAGAAGGGAUCGGAGGAGAAGAGACUAAAGAGGUGGAAGCGAAGGAGGCGGAGCCAGAGGUUGGAGAUGACAAGGAGUUUGACAUGGAUGAAGAUGAAGGCAGGAAAAAAGAAGUAUCUGAUGAUUUGAACGACUUGAACUUCCUCAACCAGAAGAAAAAAAAGAAAAAACCUAAAAAAGUAUUUGAUAAUGAUGUAGAGGAAGGAUUAAAGGAGCUGAAAAUUGAAGGAGAGCAGACGGAGGUGCCGGAAGAGGAUAACUUGGAUUUGAUGCUCCCCACCAAAAAGAAGAAGGCGAAGAAAGUGGAUUUUGAUGAGGGAGAGCUGUUGGAGAACGACGACGCAGCACAGGAAGACGAGAGUAAAAACAACGAUGGGAUCUCGUUCAGCCCCUCCACAGGACCAGCAUGGGCUGACUCAGAAAGAGACUACACCUACGAUGAGCUCUUAAACAGAGUCUUUAACAUCAUGAGGGAGAAGAACCCCGACAUGGUGGCUGGAGAGAAGAGGAAGUUUGUGAUGAAGCCUCCUCAGGUGGUCCGAGUGGGAACCAAGAAAACCUCCUUUGUCAACUUCACAGACAUCUGCAAACUGUUGCAUCGUCAGCCUAAACAUCUCCUCGCUUUUCUACUGGCUGAGCUGGGAACGAGCGGUUCAAUAGAUGGAAACAACCAGCUCGUGAUCAAAGGCAGAUUUCAACAGAAACAGAUAGAAAAUGUGUUGAGAAGAUAUAUCAAGGAAUAUGUGACGUGUCACACUUGCCGCUCCCCUGAGACCAUCCUGCAGAAGGACACUCGUCUUUAUUUCCUUCAGUGUGAGACGUGCCACUCUCGCUGCUCUGUCGCCAGCAUCAAGACUGGUUUCCAGGCUGUGACGGGCAAGAGAGCGCAGCUUCGCGCCAAAACCAACUAGAGGCCACGAUAACUCUGCUCCCCCUCUUCCUUCGGCCUCUUGUUUUGUUUGUUCCCUCCCUCAGAAGGUCCAAAGCUGGAGUUGGGCAUGGGCAUCCCUACUGAUUUGCUUAAAGGACUCUCUGAAUCGAACUGCGGGAGGGUUUGGCUGUUUAGUUGUCAUUGCCUGUAAAACAUGGGCAGAGAGUGAGAGUCUAAAACCAACAGAAAGGGUUCAGGUGCUGUAAGCAGAUGGUGUUCAGCAGAUACUGUUGGAUUAAAUGAAUUUGGUUUGUUUGGCUGAUGAUCCCUCCACCUCCCUGUUUUUCCCCACCAUUUUGCUGUGAUCCAUUUUUUUAAUUCCUUGAAGAAAAGUUUGACCACAGCUUGGAUCAUCUUCUCAGACAUACCAGUCAUGAAAACAUUUUCAUCACACAGAUUGUUCAACCAAGCUUACAUUAAGAAAGCUUCUUUUUUUAAUUUUUUUUCCCUUUUUUUUUUUGCACCCAGGGUCACUGCUGUAUUCUCCAACGCAUUGUUGCUAAUCUUAAAUUGUUUUUUUAAUAGUCUGGUACACAUCACAUUUGUUAGUGAAGAGGUCUUCAUACAAAGCUGCUCUUCAAGAGGAGACUGCAGGUAAAAUGACUGAUGAGGUGAGGUUGUCCAAGACAGAAAUAAAAACUAUACAGUGUGUUUUUGAGUGCUUUUGUAGCAUUGAUUUCUGAUCAACUUUUAUGAGACUAAUUAGACUGGAAUAUUUUGAAAAUUAUAAAUAUUGUCAAAUAGAACAGGUUUUGAGCUAUUUCCAGACCCCCUAUUGUUAAAAAAUUACAAAAAUCCAUGCAAACACUGUGCUAUUUACCAGUGUGGUUAAAUAAAAGUA